UAUUAUAUGUGACGAGGUGAACGCUCGUUGACCAAUUUUUGAAUCCCUUAUAGAUAUGUCGUUUGCUUUGGGGCGCCGGCGCCUACUAUUGAUUCCAGCGUCGUCGUCCUUCCAUCGUUUCAUCUUCGCGUUUCCAAAUGUUGUAGCCAGCUGGAUGGCGCCAGAGUAGCAAACCGCCAUCCGAAACCUCAGGAACCAACCUCGUCCUCGUGCAUCGAAGUUCAUCCCUUAUAAAGGAUGAAGUCCGCGUCGGAAAGUAGCUCGUGUGUCGCCUGAUAUCGUCGCGUGUGAACCUGGCAACUCAACUGCUGCAGGUGUAAAAAAAAAAAAAAACAACAAAACAAAUACUGACGAUAGUAAAGAAGAGGAGAGAGAAAAAGAAUUCAGAAUAAAAAAGAAAAAGGUCGAAUCGGAAAGGGGUGAAGUUUAAUUAGCGAUAACUUUCCGAAGGAUUGAAAAAUUUUUCUACAAAGGAAAUAAUGGCGAACACGGCACAUCUUGUACGCCGUCAAAGUUCACGUGAUUUAAAACCACAGAAGAGUAUCGACAGAUUGGAAAUGAAGGAAAUGAGGGGAAGACUUGUUGUUGAAAAUCACAAGAGCAAUUCAACCGUUAACUACGGAGCUACUAAUGCGGGAUUCGAUGAUUCAAGUCCGAAUAUAAAGAGCAAAUCGGGAAACGGGGGCGGAGGUAGUAAGUUGGGAAGCAAUGAGGGGAAAGGAAUUUUUCGACCGGAAGCUGGCGAAGACGAGCGAGAAAAUUGGGAUAGCAAGUUAACUUUUCUUUUAGCGACCGUUGGUUACGCUGUUGGACUCGGAAAUGUAUGGCGGUUUCCUUAUCUCGCACAAAAAAACGGCGGAGGUGCCUUCCUUAUUCCGUAUUUCGUUAUGCUGGCCAUCGAAGGUAUACCGAUAUUUUAUUUAGAACUCGCGAUCGGUCAGCGUCUCAGAAAAGGAGCGAUCGGGGUCUGGAAUCAGGUCUCUCCGUACCUCGCUGGAAUCGGAGUAAGCAGUGCCGUAGUUUCUUUCAACGUCGCUCUUUACUACAACACGAUUAUCGCCUGGUGCCUGUUUUACUUAGCGCAAAGUUUCCAAUCGGAACUUCCAUGGUCCGAGUGUCCGAACAAGUACUUCCAAAAUGGAUCUUACGCUCCAGAACCUGAGUGUUUGCUGAGCGGUCCAACGCAGUAUUUCUGGUAUCGUACGACCUUGGUAAUAUCCGAAGAUAUAAACACCCCCGAAGUAUUCAACUGGAAGAUUGCAGUCGCUCUUGUAAUCGCCUGGAUACUUGUUUACAUGUGUAUGAUAAAAGGAAUAGCAUCAUCCGGAAAGGUGGUUUACGUGACGGCUACAUUUCCGUACAUCGUGUUGAUAAUAUUUUUCUUUCGCGGUGUAACAUUGCCGGGGAUGUCCGAUGGGCUGCGUCAUCUUUUCACACCUAAGUGGUGGACGUUGACGGAUCCCGUUGUCUGGCUGGAAGCUGGUACCCAGAUAUUUUUUUCCCUCGGAUUAGCGUUCGGUGGACUGAUAGCUUUUUCAUCGUACAACCCCGUUAACAAUAACUGUUACCGCGAUGCGAUAAUGGUCAGUUUGACGAACUGUUUCACCUCUAUGUUCGCUGGAAUCGUAGUAUUUUCAAUUAUAGGUUUCAAGGCCACGAUGAUAUACGAAAAGUGUUUGGUCGAGAGAAACGCAACCCUGGUCAGUAUAUUCGGGCAUCAAGUCGACGUAGACAACGUCCCGUUACCAGGGGCAUCGAUAAAUGUACCCGGUGCCAAUGGAUCUCUGGAUAGUAUGAUAAUGCCGGAAUUACCGAUCUGUGAUUUAGAAAAGGAAUUAGAUAACUCUGCCUCAGGCACCGGACUGGCUUUCAUUAUUUUCACCGAAGCGAUAAACCAAUUUCCCGGAGCCCAAUUUUGGUCGGUAUUAUUUUUCCUUAUGCUUUUCACUCUCGGCAUCGAUUCGCAAUUCGGUACACUGGAAGGCGUUGUAACGAGCAUAGUGGACAUGAAAUUAUUUCCAAAUUUGAGGAAAGAAAUUCUAACCGGAGUCAUCAGUCUGAUCUGUUGCGUGAUCUCGAUGUCCUUCGCUCACGGAGCAGGCAGUUACGUUUUCGUCCUAUUCGACAAUUUCAGCGGAAACUUUCCACUUUUAAUUAUUGCAUUUUUCGAAUGCAUCGGCGUAUCGUACGUUUAUGGUUUGAAAAGAUUCGCAGACGACAUAGAACUGAUGACCGGAAAUCGUCCGGGUCUUUAUUGGCUUAUCUGUUGGAAGUAUCUGAGCCCAUUAGCUAUGCUAAGUAUUCUGGUAGCAUCGUUCGUAGAAAUUGCGGUGGACGGAAGUGGUUAUCCAGCGUGGGUUGCGAGCAAAGGGGUUACCGAAAGACACGAAUGGCCGGUCUGGGCUCUCGUUUUAAUAGCGGUUCUAAUUUUGGCGUCGGUUCUCUGGAUUCCAGCGGUCGCUUUGUGCAGAUAUUUCGGAAUAUUGAUAAUAGAUGAUAACGAGAAGGCAUGGUUCCCGGCUGCAGAUUUGAAAGAAUUUCAUGGAAUAAUGCCUCACGAAGUAACUGCUUCGGAAACACUUUUGUUCUGCAUUCGCGGCGACGGAACCGAGGGUCUUUGUUUUCCAACGGGCGGUCCGGACGACGACGACGACGAAGAUCUGACCUAGGUCACGGGGUAGGGAAUAUUUUUAACCUAAUACUCGUGCCUAUCUCGUCACUAUAAGAUUUCUAUUCUGCGGAGAGUUAAAAUAAUAUGAAAAAAAAAAAAAAAAGAAAAAGAAAAUCAAAAAUUCGGGCGACACGAGACGGACGAUACAAACUGCACGAAUUCGUUAAUUUUCUCGAAGGGAGAGGAUUGUCAAUUUUUCUUUCAUCGGUUUACUCGAAAUAACUUGUUAGCUCGGACAAAAAUACCAAUUGAACUCUGUCGCCCGAAUCGAAGAAUUCUACGAGGGAAAAAACUUGCUGCUAAAUAACUGUUAGAGAAUCGCGUCAUGCUAGAAGUCCGUAGUUGAGAAAUAGUAACUAGAAAGAUCUGUCUGGGGUCCUUCUAAAUAACGUAAUAUUAUCUAAUCGUUAAGGCCUUAAAAAAAAAAAAACAAGUCAACUGAAAAUCACACCAACUUUAAAUUUUGACUGCGAUGAAUUUUCGCUCUGAAAAUUUUUUUUGCAAAUUGCGAUCAAUGAGGGGUCGAAAGAGAAAAAAAGCGGACGGAAAAAUACACCGUCGAUUUCACGCCUCCGAAAUCUAAUUUUGUUGAAUUUCCAAACUUGAAUUUGCUGAAAAUUUUCUAAAAACGAGUCUAAAAAACAAAAAAUUAAACACCGUACUGUUUUGGAUGAAUUUCUUUUUCAGAGUGACGAUUUACUUUGUUCGGUUGUUCGAACGUUGCGAACAGAGUAGGUAGUUUUUGCCUUUUAUUUCCAGUGAUGGGUAAAAUUCAUUACGAUUCUGAAGGAGUUUGAGAAAAAAAUUAAUUGAAAAUUAUCAAUUGGCUUCAAACUCGCGAAUAAAGAAAAAUAAAAGAAAAAAGCAAACUUAAAUUGAGCAAAAAAAUUUUUGGGACUGUUCGAAAAAAGACAAAAUGAGAGACAAGAGGAUAAAAAAAUUGAAUGAAAUUAUAAAACAAGUUCGCGUUCCUAAAAAUCGCACGUCUAAUCGUAUGAAUUUAAUAAUUGAAUUUGCCUGCGGUCUAUAAAAAAAAAAUUAUUAUAUAAAUAUAAUAUACGCUAUGAGUUAAUUGUAAUACUAUAAUUGCCUAUACAUUUUGCAAACUGUUGCGUCUAUCUAGUGCGUUAGUGUAUAAAGGUAUUCAGAAGAUUUACCGUCUGAUUAGAGGAGAAACGAAAGGAGAGAAAAAAAAUAUCACUCGUUAUCCGGUCUACUAAUAUAACCCGAUUAUACGUUUAAUAUUAAUAAAAAUAAUACGAGACAAUUGAGAUAAAAUGAAAUGAGGAUAAAAGGAUAAAUUAUACCGCUUGUUAGAUAUUACACAACAUAAGCCGUUAAGAAAUAUAGAGUAGAAGCCGUCCAUUGGCUUUUGAGGGUUGUUCUCGCAUUUAAUUUCAUUCCAUUUCAAUUAGUUUGAUCGAAUUUCGAAAGAACAGUUAGAAAAAAAGAAAAAGAGAAAAAGAAAAUGAUUAUUAUUGAUCACGUUGAAAGUAUAAUAAUAAGGUAUCUGAUAUUAUUAUUAUACCAAUAUAAAUUUACUGAAAAUAGCGAACGCGAUUUUUUGAAACAAAAUUAAUUGAAAAAAAAAAAUAUUGAAAUAAUAAUAAAUAAUGAAAUAAUAUAAUUAACGCGCGUCAUGAAAGGAAUUCGUACGCGUGACUGUUUUAGAAUAUUAUUAUCUAUACCUACUAAAUAUAAAUCUUGAGGGAAAGAGUGAUAUUUGAUAUACAUUUAACGAUGUGCGACAAUAAUAAUAAAUGAUAAUACUAAUCAUAAUAAUAAUUAUCAUUAUUCUAACGAUGAUAAUAAUUUACGUUUGACAUUAAAUCACCGAAAAAAUAUCGAAAAAUCAAAAUCAAUCCUGAACAAAGGGUGCGGUGGGAAAAGGGGGGGCAAAACCAAUAAAUAUCAACUGAAAUAUCGACAAUAAUUUUACCAUAUCACGGUAUGUACCUAGAUAUAUAUAUAUAUAUUAUUACAUUCUAUACGUGUAAUAAUAUUUAUAAGUAAUUCAGUAGAGAAAAGAAACGAAGAAAAAUCUAUCAUAUAUUAUUUGAAUAAUUAUUAUUGAUGAUUGCACACAUUACGCACACUGCACUUUUCAUUGUCAUCACAGUGGCCUACAAACUCAAUGAAAUUUUCUUUUUCUGAUAUCAGUCAGUCUAUUCACAUGUUUUGGUUGUGAAGCGAGAAAGGAAGAGAGAUGAAAAAGAAGUAUCAUAAUUUGUUUUUAAAAAAUCUGAUGAUGUUAAUUCAUCUAUGAUACCGUAUAGUCGUAUAGAAUAAUUUAGAUAAUUUUCGCGAAGACUAAUGACAAUGAGAAAAAAAGGAAGAAAAUAAGAUUUAAAAAAAGACAAUAAUAAAAACGAGCCUAAAAUCGUUUGAUUACGAAAACUGUUUGAGAUAAUAAUAAUAUUAAUAAUAAUGAUACGUAUAUAAUUAUAAUGAUAAAAUGUCUUUGAUCGAUGUAUGAUACUACGCUAUAAUAACUUAAUGAAAACCAGAAGGAAUAAAAUUAAACGUACGAAAAAAAUAUAAAACAAAAAAACCAAAAGAAAAAGAAGAAGAAGACGAAGAAGAAAUUGAGACAAUAAUAGCGUCUGACAUGUUAAAAGUUCAAUAGGUUAUUAAAAAAUGAUAAAUAUAUUAGGCUUUUCGUUAUCUAGUUGAUGACGAUGAUGAUUAUAUAUAUAUAUAUAUAAAUGAUAUAUAAGAUUUAGGAUCAUAUUAAUAUCUUUGGAAAAGAAAAUAUAAGAAAACAAGAGGAUAAAAUAAAAUGACGUGAAUAUUCUACGUCAAACUCAUUAAGUAAAAUCAUUGAUAUCGCGAAUAACAAUAUCUCUAUCGUCAUAUCAUGUGUCUAAUAAAAAAUAUCAAAACGCGCACAUCGCAAAUUAUACAUAUGCAUAUAUUGUACACAUAUCUGCGGAAAAAUUAUUAUAUAUCACGAGGAAAGGGACGUAAGAAUGUAAGAAGCGAAGAAGAAUAAAUGAAUGAAGACGUGUUUAGCAAUAUUUCGACGAUAAAAAGUAUCAAAAAAUAUAUCAAAAACGAAUGCAAAUAUAAAAAAAAAAACGAAAAAAACAAAAAAAGAAAAACUGCAGCUGAUAUCAUUAAUUAUACGUAUAGUUUUAACGAAAAUCAGGAUAUAAAUGUAAUAUGCAAAUUGUGACUGCUGGUCCAGCUGCGAUUGACUGUUAUUUGAAUAUACAAUAAAUUCAGCAUUAACUUAUACAUAAAAGACACACAUAAAUUCAUUGAUUCAAAACCAUCGUAUCGAUAUGAUGAUGAAAAAAAUCAAACCUAUACAUAUACCUAUAUUAUACGAAAUGCAUAAAAAUAUCAUUGCAGUAAUAAGCAUGUAAGAAUAGCGGAGAAGAAAAAGAAAGAUGAAUAAAAAAUCGAUCGAGUCAAUAUUUUCAGGGGCUUAUAUGAAUAUAUACAUAUUACAUAUACAAAUGCAGAUACAUUUACGACUAAUACGAUGACAAUAACUGUUUUCUAUACCGGCGAUGAUUGAUUAACGGAUUUUUGAUUCUCAUCGUUCGUGAUCGAUCGUCGUUUUCUGACUAACAAAAUUAAAAAAGAAAAACGAUAUGGAGAAAAAG